AUGCGUAAACAUUAACAAACGAUAGUGACCCAAAAUGGUGGAAGGCAGCAUGGAAAACAAAAACAUAGAAGGCAGAAUCGUUAUCCCUGGCGAUGUUGUAGUUCUGAAAGAAAAAGGAGAUGAUUCAAAAAAGAUAAGACUUGGUCCAGGGCUACGUCAAGAAUCAGACGAAGUUAUCGUUUGUAAAUGUGGAAUUAUACGACAUAAAAAGGAGCCUGAAAUGUAUUGGGUUGACUGCCAUCAGAAAAGGUAUGUACCAACAAAAGGAGAAUUUGUAAUUGGUAUUGUGCUUCAAAAAGCUGGAGAUACGUUUGUAGUAGAUGUUGGGGGUAGCGUUGCAGCUAGUUUGUCGUACUUAGCAUUUGAAGGGGCAACAAAACGAAACCGUCCAAAUGUUCAGAUCGGAGACAUAGUAUAUGGAAGGCUGUUGGUAGCUAACAAGGAUAUGGAGCCAGAAAUGGUUUGCAUAGAUGGUGGGGGAAAAGGUGAUGGGCUAGGGGUUAUCAACAGAAGUAGAGGCGGCUAUAUGUUUAAAUGUUCGUUAGGUUUAGUAAGGAAAAUGCUCUCUAAGGAAUGCAGUUUACUGAGGCAAUUAGGAAAACACAUCAAGUUUGAGAUAACAAUUGGAAUGAAUGGGCGUAUUUGGGUUCAUGCUAUCAAACCAGAAGAGACAAUCAUAAUCGUUAAUGCCAUAUCAAAUGCAGAGUAUAUGACUGAAGAUCAAAUUAAGAUAAUGGUUGAUAAAUUGAUAGAAGCUCUGCCUGGAUUUUGAAGUACAACAGCUUUUUACUUAAGCUCAGUUUCCAUACAAUUACUCACCUUAUUGGCGACGGUAGCCGACAGUUGUCGGGAAGAUCGAACCUGGUUCAACUUUUGCCGAAAAUAACCAAUGAAAAAAAACAGGUUGGCAUUGAUUUUUGAGGCAUUGUUGAAAGUUUGCCAUCUGUAUGUUUAACUUAUACACAAGGAACUGUAGUGUACUGGAUAUGCAUGUAUGAAUGCAUGGUAUUAUAGUUGCGCGUAGGAUGAAAAAAUUGAUCAAAAUAAAUUAUAUUUGUUCAGAAAUUUGUCAA